GCUUCAGUUGUCAAAUGCAGCGGCGUUCCGCCCGCAGUAUCAGCCGCGACCCUCUAGAGGACGCGAGUUGUCGGGGAUCUCCCGCGGCGCCGGCGUCUCCAGCUGGGAAGAGGCGGCGACGUCGAGGAAGGAAGGAAGGGAGGAAGGGAGGAAGGGAGGAGACGAGAGGCAAAGACACAGGCGGACAGAUUCGCUCUCAGUCGGAGCCCAGGCUCGAAAUGACAGACGCUGUAGCGCAAAGUAAAAACUGCUCACAGCCCAACUUCUCCUCCAUCGUCGCUCGGUGAGAGAACUCUUGCUGCCCAACCACGCACGACCUCAGGAGAACAAUAGCUUUUCCAGUCUUUCCACAUUGUAUGAUCAUCACCCUAGAUGUUGAUUAACUAGUACAAGGAGAUUGAAGAGGCUUCUUUAUUUAUAUAUUCUUAUGAAUGAAUAGAAAGAUGUUGCAGCAAGGGAAGGUGUUUCAUCUUGUGUUGGUAUUCUUCACCCCUUCCAUUGCUGCUGAUUACUCCUCCCAGUGUGGAGAAAAUGAUUAUUUUAAUCAGACUCUUGGUGCUUGCCACGCCUGUCCCCAGUGUGGGUCGGGUGAAGAACCUAUCUCGAAUUGUGGAUAUGGAGUGAAGGAUGAAUCGUAUGGCUGCCAAACUUGCCAGAAUGGCAAAUUCUCAAAAGGUGUAUAUCAGAUGUGCAGAAGGCACAAAGAUUGCGAGGGCUUUUAUCGAGCUACUGUCUUGACACCUGGCACUGCAGAGACUGAUGCAGAAUGUGGGCCCUGUAUCCCAGGCUACUACAUACUGGAUAACCGAUCAAGAAACACCUAUACGAAGGUUUGCCAUUCCUGUGUAAUAGCACCUCCAAACACCAAGGAAUGCAUGGGAAUCACUCUGUCUUCAAGCAGUUCAGGCAGUACCACAGGCAUCAAUGCAAACUCUCCCAUUUUACAUGAAACGCACAAAGUACAUCAGGUGGGCCAAGAACACCUGGGAAAUGCAUUAAUAAUCGCCAUGUCCACCAUAUUCUUAAUGGCCAUUGCCAUCGUUUUAAUUGUUAUUUUCUACAUUUUGAAGACCAAGUCUUCUGCACAGGCUUGCUGCCGUGGCUAUUCUGUGAAAAAUGUUGAAGCUCAGCUUGACAACCAAGAGGACAAGAAGGAAGUACAAGGUGAAAAUAAAAUCUACUGCCUAGAAAUUGAAUUUUAUAAUAUAUUCAUGCUAACACGAUUUUCUAUUUCCAGUGAAAAUGAUGCUUCCUCAGAAAAUGAGCAACUUUUGAGUCGGAGUAUGGAUAGCGAUGAAGAGGCUGCAUUAGAUAAGCAGGGAAUGUCUGAUUUAUGCCUCCUGUCAUUGGUCCCUUUGACUAGAGACAAAUCAACGAACAACAAAGCAACUGGGAUGCAGACACGGAGGGAAAAGAUACUCGAAUUAUGCAAGAAAGUAUGCAGUUUCACAGAAGGACUCAGCCCAACAGAACUGCCUUUUGAUUGUCUUGAGAAAACCAGCAGAAUGUUGAGUUCUACCUACAGCACAGAUAAAGCUAUUGUAAAAACAUGGCGCCAUCUGGCAGAGAGCUUUGGACUGAAAAGGGAUGAAAUUGGUGGAAUGACAGAUGGAAUACAACUCUUCGAUCGUAUAAGCACAGCAGGUUACAGUAUCCCUGAUCUGUUGACAAGACUGGUGCAUAUUGAAAGAAUGGAUGCUGUGGAAGCCUUGUGUGCAGAUGUUCUAGAGUACACACAAGGUAUACCGAUCAUUAAUCCUGCUAUCUUACCCAAAUGUCCUAAUUUGUAGACAAUGGCAUAAAUAUAAUAUGAAAUAUUGCUUGCAAACCAAAUGCCAUUUGUUGCAUUCUACCAGGAGUCCGAGAACCAGCGAAAUAAAUUCUACAUAGAAUUGUGUAUUUAAACUUACUGGUUUGGAUCCUGAAUAAGAAUUAUGUUCUAGUCUAUGUUAUCAGAAGACAUUAGGGAACACUUAAAAAGGUUAAAGACAAUUUGAAAAUGUAUGCAAAAACAUGAUGACAUGCCAAAGAAGAAUGGACAAGUGACUGCAACAUGAACUGCUUCAAAACAUCAUCUUCAGCGAUCUAUUAACCAUGGCUUUCUUUCUAUUGAUAUUUCACCAUAGUAAAACAGAAACUGGUGCAAUGUUAGGAUGGACAAAAUAACAUUAGUUCCCUGACUUCCUGAUUAUAGUAUGCAGCCAACUUAUGAAGCAGCUGAUGGCAUCAUACUAAUUAUUUAUUGACAUAUACCCAUUUGAAAGUUUAUUAAACACUUAAAAAAAAAAAAAUCAGUUUGUACUAAUGAUUACAAAAAAAGCACUCUUGUCACAUUCUCCUGCUCAAUGAAACUUAUUUUUAGAAAAUCACAAUUAAAAUACAUUUUAUAAGAUAUACAAAAUUCAGUUUGUGUAAUUAUCUUGUUACAUGUAAAUAUAUUGUCACCUUAAAUGAUUAAGGAAAGUCCCCAUGGAAUAUGCUGCCUUAUUACCUUUGUAUUUAAAAUAUCAAUAUUUGCAGUACAUUGCAUGUAAUAUAAUUUUUGUAUUGGCAAACCCAUCAACACGGCAUCGUGAAAGCACAAAGCUAUAAUGCACCUUCACGAUAAACAUUUAAUGUUCA